CGCUUAUCCUAAACCGCUGUGUCACUCGGCGCUGUGGCGUCGCUUAGCGCACGUCAUUAGCGUCCUAAUCGCGCUCCCUGCUCGUGCGCUUUUGGCGCUGUGCGUAUAAAUCCAGCCGGCCAGCCAGCUUGGUUACACCUCUGACCUUCCCUCCCUCGCACACACGCACGGCCGGCCUCCUCUGCUAGUGUUGGGAACUGCUGAGAUCAGAGGAAGGCUCCAGCUCCACCAGGCAUUCCGAUCGAGGCAGGGGUUUCGUCCGGGAGAAGCAAAGGAAACCUCGGCCUGCGACCUCGAUCGAUCGGAGGCCGUCAAGCUUCAGCUCCAGGUGAAAAUUUCAGUUCUACGAGGAGUUGGUAGCAGAAGGCCCCACACCAGCACAUCUUGGCGUCCGAGGAUGUUGCAGAAACGAUGGCAGGGAUGCGUCUUCUGGCUCGCCUUCCUUCUCUGCAGCGCAUCAGGCAUCAUGAUCCCCUCAGAAAAUUCUCCGUCAGAGUUCGCCAAGAUCGUGCAGUCUAAGCAGACAAAGCAAGCUCGCGUGUGCGGAGCGGACCCCGAGCUGCUGCGAUCCUUGGCGGGCAGCGACGCAGAGGUCAUGCUCACCAUUCCCAACGAGCAGCUGGAGCACAUCGCCGAGUUCCCGGAGGAAGCCGACCUCUGGAUCAUCACCUACGUCGCGCGCUUCCUCCCGGCGGCCAGGAUCACGCACGUCGUGGCGGGCGACGACGUGCUCACCAACUCCCCCGGCGACGCCUACUUCCUCGUCCCGGCGAUGCUCAACCUCCGCUCGGCCCUUGCCGCCGCGGGGCUCGACGGCCGCGUGAAGGUGUCGAGCGCGGUGUCCGCGGAGACGCUGACCGCCCCGGCGUGGUCCGGCGUCGCGGGCCACGUCCUCCGGUUCCUGAGCUCGGCCGGCGCGCCGCUGUUCCUCAAGUCCCCCUCGUCGGAGGCCAGCGACGCCAAGGCCGACGCCGCGUACGGCGCGAUGCGCGCGCUGGGCGUGCCGGGGGUCCCGGUCAUCGCGGCGGACCUCGGAGCCACCGGUGGCGUAGAGGCGGCGCCGUACUACUACUACAGCUACCCCGGCGGGAAGUCGAGUGAACGGGGCAAGCGGCGGUCGCUGGCGACGGGAACGUUCUGCGUGGCGCUGCAGAACGCGGACCCGGCGGCGCUGCAGGCGGGGCUUAACUGGGCGUGCGGGUCGGGCCACGCCGACUGCUCGGCGAUCCAGCCCGGCGGGCCCUGCUACUCGCAGAACAACCUGCCGGCGCUCGCUUCCUACGCCUACAACGACUACUACCAGAAGAUGUCCAGCACCGGCGCCACCUGCUCGUUCAACGGCACCGCCACCACCACCAACAACGAUCCCAGUUCAGGGUCUUGCGUUUUCGCGGGAAGCUCCACAGCGGGAGGCUCCAACUCGAGCACGCCGGUGGGCGCGAGCCCGCCGACCAGCCUCGCCCCUCCGACGGGCUUCACGCCUCCGGUCGGCUCCAGCCCCCCGUCGUCCGACUUCAGCCCCCCGGCGGUCGGCACCACCCCUCCGUCCGGCUUCGCCCCGCCGGCCGGCGGCGGCUUCGCCCCUCCGGCCGGCGGCGGCUUCGCCCCCCCGGACGGCGGUUUCGGCACCCCGCCGGGGUUCGGCCCGCCGGGCUCCUUCAACGGCAGCGGGUCGUUCGGGCCGAGCGGCACGCUCAACCCUUACGGCGGGGCCCGUGGCGCCAUGUCCAGCGGCGCCGGCUUGACCGCUCUGUCCGCCGUCGCCGUCGCGGUUCUUCUCGUGCCAUGAAUGCGAUGUGAAUUACCAAUGCAGAUAUCGGGAUUAGCUCUAGAGACUAGAGAGCCCUUUGUCGCUUGGUAGUGAUUAUGCAGGGAUUAGCCACGUGUUAUGCUGUUCAUCAUUGAGGUGUUAUUGGUCAGGUCGGUGUCAGGUCAGGUGAGGUCGGGCCUGUGUAUUUAGGCGUCGUGUAUAUGGAGCGGAUAUGUAUGUAUGUGACGAGAGUUGUGACAGUCAUCAACUCAUGAUACCUUGGUACAAUAUACUGGUAGCUUAAAUCCAUUGCAUAUCUUUGUAAA